AUGCCCCAGCUGGCAUUGACAUUGCAAGGUGCGCGCCCGCGGCCUGGGGGGCUCGUGGUGGUGGUGGUGCUGCUGCCGCUGCUGCUGCUGUUGCUGCUGCUGCUGUUGCUGCUGCUGCUGCUGCUGCUGCUGCUGCUGCUGUUGCUGCUGCUGCUGUUGCUGCUGCUGCUGUUGCUGCUGCUGCUGCUGCUGCUGAUGCUGGUGGUGGUGCCGCUGCUGCUGCUCUCCUCCGAGACGGCUCUGACCACGUUCUUCCUGAUCGACGUCGCGCGCGGCGCCAAGGUGGACGAGCGCGCCUUCGAGGACGACCACUUUGUGCUGCCCCUCAACGCCUGCGCCAGCGUGCAGGACGACCUCAUCACCCUCCUGGCGGGGUUCAAGCAACGCCUGCUCACCCACAUCUUCCUGCGCCUCGCGCGCGGCCGCCCCUGCGACGCCGCCAGCGGGCCGGCGCAGUUCCGCGCGCGGUUCAACGAGCUGCUGAACCUCGCGAUCUGGAGCGCCCGCCUCGUCAGCCGCCAGCAGCUGCUGCUUCGCCUGGGGCCGCCGCUGGCCGGCAGCCUGACAGACGCCGCCGCGGUGGCGUCGCUGCGGGAGCGGCCGGCGUUUUUCGCGCUGUACGACCUGAGGGCGUCCCGGGUCCUCGCCUUUGCAUCUGCCGGCGACGCGCUCGCCGCCGCAGCGCUGGCGUGCCCCGCCCUGCUCGUCGGCGCCGGCGGCGCCGACCCGGCGCCUUGGGAGCGCUGCGGCGCCGCGGCGCUGGCGGCGGGGUCGAUGGCGUCGCUGUGGCGCGCGAGCGGCGGAUCGUCGCUGGGGCCAAGCGCGAGCGCGGCGGGGUGGGGCGCGGGUGCGGCCUGGCAGCCGCCGCAUCAUCAGCAGCGGGGCGCGGAGCGGGAGCUGCUGCUGAGGAAGGUGCUGGUGCUGCUCCCCAGCAUGUGCCAGAUCGCCUGCGGCAGCCCCUACCUGGACCGCCGCCACUUCUCAUGCUCAGACCCCGGCCUCACGCCCGUGCUGCGCCUGCGGCCGGCCGCCACGCGCGCCGUCCAGUUCUGGCCCGCCGACGACCUGGCCGCCUCCGUUGCAGACGGCGCCGCCGUCGCCGCGGGCCAGCGGCAGCACCAGGAGCGCCAGCAGCAGGCGCCCGCGCCGCCGCCGCCGGCGCCGCGGCCGCCGCCGCCGCAGUUCGAGCUGCCGCCGCCGGUGACGCCGGCGGUCAACGUCAACGGGCGGCUGGUGCGGCGGCGCGUGCUGCACCUCUUCCAUCCGACAGACCCUUUUUGCUGCACCGUGGUCCAGACUUUCAUGCAGCAAACCACGCUCGAUUUUGCAUACCGUACGUAA